CAGUAUAAUCUUUGCCAUACUGAUCUCUAAUGUGCAAAUAUCAAAAAUAAAGUCAAGUAUCUAUCUUUCUUUGUCUCAUGCAAGUGAGAGUGGGGACCAUAAGUUUUCUCUCCACUCUUUCAGAUGUAUUCUUUCAUGGGUAAUUUGGAGAAUUCGUACCUCCAGUUUUAAUUGAUUAGAGGUCUGGUUGUUUUAUGUAUGUAUCAAGUACCAAAGAUCAUCAGUCACAUGAUAAGAAGUAUCAAAAAGUAAAUAUUUAAUGAUUUGGUUGAUGUAGUUAUUCAUGAACUGUGAGUGUGAUAACAGCCAAUUGAAUAUUAUAUUUAAAUAUGGCACUGUGCAUACGAGUAAAUGUAUCUAAAGUUAUAAAAUAUCAGUCAGAUGCUGUAAGAUUGUUUUCUACAUCACAAUCUUGGCAUAGAGAAACUUUCAAUUGGCAAGACCCUUUUAACAUUGAAUCUCAAUACACUCAAGAUGAGAAAAUGGUCAGAGAUCAAUUCCAUGCAUACUGUCAGCAAAAACUCCAACCAAGAAUACUCGAGGCAUUUAGAAAUGAACUUUUUGAUACGAAAAUCAUGAAAGAGUUUGGAGAAAUGGGAGCACUUUGUUGCACUUUGAAAGGCUAUGGUGCUUCAGGAUUAUCAUCAAUAGCGAAUGGACUUUUGACGAAAGAAGUAGAAUCAGUUGAUAGUGGAUAUCGAUCUGCAUAUUCAGUUCAAAAUCUUACAGCUGUUGCUAUUGAUUGUUUUGGAAGUAAAGAACAAAAAGAACGAUAUCUACCUGAACUAGUGUCAGGUAAUAAAAUUGGAUGCUUUGGACUGACAGAACCUAAUCACGGAAGUGAUCCUGGAUCAUUAACGACUCGAGCAUUAUAUGAUUCUAACAAGAAAAUUUAUAAACUACGAGGCAGUAAAACAUGGAUUACUAAUUCUCCAGUCGCUGAUAUUUUAAUAAUAUGGGCACGUUGUGAUGAUAAUCAGAUUCGUGGGUUCAUCGUUGAACGACAAGGAAAUGAAAGUCAACUAAGUACACCUAAAAUUGAAGGAAAAGUUUCUUUAAGAGCAUCUUGUACCGGAAUGAUAUUAAUGGAUGAUGUGGUAGUACCUGAAUCUAAUAUGCUUCCAAAUGUGACAGGUUUGAAGGGUCCUUUUACUUGCCUGAAUCAUGCACGUUAUGGAAUAGCAUGGGGAGCUUUAGGUGCAGCUGAACAAUGUCUGAACAUUGCAAGAAAUUAUGUUGCAGAUAGAAAGCAAUUUAACAGGCCUCUAGCAGCAAACCAAUUAAUUCAAAAAAAACUUGCUGAUAUGAUGAUGGAAAUAGCUAUUGGAUUACAAGCUUGUUUGCGUGUUGGAAGAUUGAAAGAUACUAAUGAAGCCACUCCAGAAAUGAUUUCUCUUAUUAAACGCAAUUCUGCUGCUAAGGCUAUCAAUAUAGCACGGGUUGCUAGAGACAUGUUGGGAGGCAAUGGAAUAUCUGAUGAGUAUCAUGUCAUUAGACACAUGGUUAAUUUAGAAGCCGUUAUUACUUACGAAGGUACUGAUGACAUUCAUGGACUUAUUCUUGGUCGAGCUAUCACUGGAAUUCCAGCAUUUUCAGGAUGAAAUUAAUCAUAUUAUGUCAUGUUAUAAAUAUCACUAUUUUUAUACUUUAUAUUUUAUAGAACAAUUUGUUGUAAUUCAAAU